AUGGAAAAUAACCAGCAAUUCAACUUAUGCAUCCACAAACUGAAGCACGAGCUACUGCGCAAGAUAGCAAACCUAGAAUCCACAGACUCAGAAAACACAGUCCUAAAAGAACUCUCUUCCCGCAUAAAGGAAUCCCUCACAAACAUCCCAGAAGAAAAGCGUACUGAAAUUGAAGCAUUAGUGGAUACUUUCCUGCAGAAAGAAUUAGAUCCUGUCUUCUGCACAAUAGCCAAAAAACACGGUGAAGCAGGCCUGGAGUCUCUGGAGAUCCUCACGAAAGAAGCUAUGGCAGAAAUUCCCUCCGACCUCACACAAAAACUCUCCAGCUUAAAUGCAAAAGUGGACACUUUUAUUCUGGAGCGAAAGAUCGAAUACGAGAAGUGCAUCCUGAGAAUUAUAUCCGCAGAUGUGCCCAUGCUUGAACUUUUAAAGGAAAACUACGGGACUCUGGCUUCCUACUGCACGGAAAUCCUUUGUAAAGAAGAGAUGAAAAGCUUCAACACGGCCAAAAUAAGAGAUGCCCUGCGCAAUGUUAUAGUCCGUUUAAAUGAUGUAGAUGCAACUCUAUGCAACUUUAAACAGAAGAUGAAAAGCAGCAAGAUUGCGAUAAAAAGGGCUGUGAAGGACCAAGAACUGUGUACGGGAAAAAAAGUUCUAGAUCCAUACGGCUACGCUCCAGAGAAAGUCGUUAAGAUGAUUCAGAAUACUUUCUCGGACUUUUUGGGGCUUACUUCUAGCGUAUACUUUAUCCUGAAGGAGCUAAUGGAGGGCAGAAGAAAGUGCAUACCCACGAGUCAGAUGCUUUUGGAGAUGUAUGCGGUGAAUAGAAUGCGUGUUUUUUCUGUUGAGGAAAUGGCUGAGAAGUUGGAGUCAGCGGAGAAAGACUGCCUGAGAAUGGGCGAGGAAAUGUGUGAAGACAUAAGAGAAAUGGAGAAAAAGACAGUAGAGCUGAUGCAAAGUGUGGAUUCAUACUUUAAAAACAGGCCAGUUUGUGAGUCGAUCUCUGCGCUUGUGGAGUUAUCAGGUAAGGUUGAAGGCGCAAUUGAAAAAAUGCAGGGACCUGAAAAAACGGAAAUGGAAAAAUUCAGGGUCGAUUUGAAGGCGUUUUUGAAUUGGACAGAGGUGCUUUGGAACGAUUCCGUGUUGCAGUUAUCCGGAAUUUUGAAGAAAUUUGCCCCGGGGAAUUUGUUCACGAAGCAGUUGGAUGCUCGCGUGAGAAACGAAUUUGCACUUUUCAGGGACGAAUUUGAAAAAAUACAGGCGGAAUUUCCAAAUGGGGAAAUAAAGUCAGGUUACGAAAAUGCUUUUCAUGCCCUGAUAAACUACCCACGCGCAAAGCGCGAAAGGACAGGGCGAGUUCACGACAACGCCAUGAUGGUAGACGAGUGUCUUGCAUUCCUGCGAAAGAUUGAUGAGGGCGAGAGCGUGGAAGCCCGGGAUCUUCGGGUUGCAGAGUAUGAAAACUUUGCAAGGAAAAAAACAGAACCUAAACUUUCAGGUUCUGUCGAGAACAUAACGCGUGAAAGCCUGGAAGAUGGGAUCACCCAGCGCGAGGCUAAAGCCAUGCUUUCAUCGCUGAACGGACUCCGGGGAAUGUGCACUGAAGAGCUGGAAGAUGAGGCCCGAACAGAGUAUGAGAGAGUAGAAUUGAAGAAAUUUCUACAAGAAAUUGAAGAAAGGAUACGGGCUCUUGAAGAGAAACUUCUGUCAUUCGGGGAGCUAAGCAAGGAAACACUCCGAGAAAACGAGCUACGUCGUUAUGCUUGCCUGCUGGAGUACAAAGGCGAAACUCUUGACCACGAACUCGCAUUUGUGAGAGAAGCUGAGGAUGAAAUGGUCCCACUGGCUAAGGAAGUUAUGAGGGAAAUUGAGAAAACCCCGAACAACCCGGAGGUUAGUGAAAAUGCGAAAAAAAUGCUUGAGAAGAUUCUUGACGAAAAUCCAACGAGUCUUCUGACUCCGGGCUUUAUCCUCCGAAAUGGACACUUUUGGAUGAAGUUUUCAAAGGUGAUUUUUCAGCUCAACAAAAAGAUAGUCGAAACUUUGGAGAAAACUUCGGAAGAAAGCCGCCGAACUCAGGCUGCGAUCCAAAUGUUUAUCUUCGGGUUCCUCUUUCUCGUUAUGCCUCUGUCGCUGGGACUGGCGUACAAGUCUAGCACCUCGUGA